AUGUGCCACAUGACGACUGAAAAACCUAUUACUACAGAGACCGUUGCUCUCACGGAGAAGAAAAUGGACAUGUCUUUAGAUGCUAUUAUCAAGAUGUCAAAGAGCGAUACCAAUGUGAAUAAAGGCAAGAAACAGAGAGCAUCGAAUAAAAAGGAGAAUUUUAAUGGCCCUGCGAAAAACAGUACGGUGAAAGCACAGCGUUAUAUGGACUCAAGGUCUGAUGUUAGACAGGGUGCUUUUGCUAAGAGAAGGUCUAAUUUCCAAGGAAACCAGUUUCCUGUGAAAACCACCGUUGCUCGUAAAGCCGCUUCUGCUACUCCAAUGCGUGGAAGGAUGACUAUUACGAAUCAAUCAAGGUUUAUUACUCCACCAGCUCAGUAUAGGUCUGCACACAGAGGGUUUGUCGCAAAGCAGCAGCAGCAAAGGGAGAAGAUAAAGCAGAAGCAAGCGAGUGGAGGAGGACAGAGUCAAGGGCCUCAGACGCUUGAUUCUCGGUUUGCAAGCAUGCAGGAAGAGAGAAUGAGAAUGAGAAGGUUUGCAGACAAGGGAAGCAAUGUAAGCAGCAAUGGCUAUGGACUGCAGCAUCGGCAGCAACAUCAGCAGCGUCCGAUGGCCCCUUGGGGAAGAAGAGCCACGAGAUUCCCAAACUAAUUUAUGUGUUUCUCGGUUAGGGUGAAUAUAUCUGCUGCUAAUGCAAUUUGGUUUAGAUUCAAUGUUCGAAGUGUUUAGAACAUUUAUUUGUGAAACCAUUUCUUAAAAAAAAUGGAUAUAUUGAAUCUUAGCUCACUGUGCUUUUGUGUGUUUAGUCACGGAGAGUGGAAACUGACCAUUUUAC